AAUAAAAUAAAAUAUAUAUAUAUAUAUAUGUGUGAGUUGGUUACUACCAUUUAGCCAUCACGGAAAAAACUUUGUCACCUAAUUCAAUUAUUUGUACAGAAAUUCUACGCUUGUAAAACAUUGCUGUAAAGUGAAACAUAUACAUGUACAACGGCGUUCUCUUGUCCACACAUAUAUAUAUAUAUAUAUAUUUAUAUAUUAUACGCGUUUAGUUUAAAACAAAUUCCUGUGUAAAUUAUUUUCAUAGUCAUCGCAAACUACAAACAAAAUCAACUCAUCAUCUCUUCGUCGUGCUCGGUUCCGUGUGCAUUAAUCAUAUUUGAUCAGUGACUGACUAUAUAACCGAUAAAUCACUUUACUUCAAAGAAGAAUAAUACAAACAAAAAAAAAAAUAAAUAAAGAAAAAAAAAAACGUGUAAAUUCGUUCCGAGUUUUGUACAAAAUAUUUUCUACCAUAAUCUCACACACACAUAUACAUAUAUAUACAUACACACACGCAUCUUUAUACGUAAAUGUAAAGCAGUUAAUAUUAUCUCUGUAUAAAAAUUAUUUAAGAAUAUUGUAAAUUUUUCACCGUAUGCACUGAACAUUCACUAAUCAUAACGGUUUCUUAUGGAAUUCUUAACUCUAAAGUGAGACGCGAAAUUGCCCUCUAUUCUCGCGUUAUCGUAUUCGAUUAUGUAUUAAAUAAAAAUUCGUGAAAACGUUUCCGUGUAUAAAUUUAUUUCUAAGUUAUUUUGUUUCCGAAAAAGACUGAAUUUCAAACUCGUCGUAUCGUAAAUCGCGUGCGCAUCGUCGUCAUCGUCUACGAACUUAAUUCAAAAUUGUGUUUGUGUGUGUGCAAAUUGAAAAAAGAAAAAGCAAAAAAAUUACAAAUAAGAGAAAUUGCAUUAUAAUUCGUUAGAGCGUUCGCUAAAUCGUCCGUCGCUCUUUUCGAAAGAUUUCAAAUUGUCGAAAGUGUAGUGAUUACACAGUACGCCGUUGCAAUAAGCAACAGCAUUUGUUUUAUUUUUUUGUGAAAAGUGUUUUAAGAAACGGCCUCAAAAUAGAGCUGCUACCGACACCCACAAUUUCCUUCGCCCCCAUCGAGCCUACUGCGUCUUCGCACUACUCGCCCUUCUAUCAAUCACCGCCCGCAUUGCAAUCGUCGCAUCAUCAAACCCAACCGCAUAACUUUCUGCUAACACCACCACUGUCAUCUAUAGCACCAACGUCUUCGUCUGCUGCGAGUUCCGGUACUAUAGUAGCGCCUCAGACAACGAAUAAUUUCCAAGAGCCACAUAUGAAGUUAUUAGGCAGCAGCGAUGAUCGAAAUGUUCGCGGUGGUGAUCAAACGGUGCAGCGCACUGUUGAUGAUGCCUCGGCAGCGGUUGGUUACGUAUUCCAGCGUCCAUCGACGGGCGGCGUAGCUCCGGGCAGUGGCGUAGGCGGUGUGCCAUCCAGUCAUGAUGCGGCUGCGGCCGAAUAUGCUGCGCAGUUUGCUCAAAAGCAAUCUCGUUGGGCUUGUGGCGACGAUCAUACUAUCGAUAACCCUGAUAAAUGGAAAUACAAUCCACCAAUGAAUCCCGCCAAUGCGGCGCCUGGAGCACCACCUGGUGGUGGCCCUGGGACUAUCGGACCCAUUGGCAUGGGGACUGGUAUGGGUGGCAUAGGGAGUAAUGGCGGGCUUCAUCCCUCGAUGGGCGGACCUAAUCAAAUGGGAAAUUCAGCUGCUGCAGCGGCUGCGGCUGCAGCAGGCAUGGCUGCAAUGCAGCAAGCAGCCGCCGUUGCAAAGCAUACUCAAAUGAUGUCGCAAGUAGCGGCUGUAGCUGCUGCUCAACAACAGCACCAUCAACAACAACAACAACAGCAGCAGCAGCAACAACAACAACAUCAGCAACAGCAACAACAGCAGCAACAACCACCACAUCCAGCACAUCAGCAACCACCGCAUCCCCAACAU